AUGCCUCUGUUAUCCUUGAACUUUCUAGCCGCCACCGCUAUCUCAGUCAGUCUUGGACCAAUACUUGUGGCCAAGGCGCGUACUUUGGAAGAUAACACCGGAAGCUUCGGAACAAUGGAUUCUUAUGAUGGUUUCGCUUCCCCCGGCAGAAGCCGCGAGGUUGACUCCUUCUCGGGACGCACCCCUGGGGAUUCUUACAGACGUCGUUCUCCAGCAUCCCAGGAUCGUCGACGCCCCCGUCCGCGCUCCCGCUCUCCUGUGAUUGAUCGCUAUGAACCUUCGGACCGUCGUACUCACCGCGAGGACUUCUACAAUGGCUCUCGUGAAAGUGCGGCCCGUGAGCGCGAAGACCGCCGACGUCCCCCUUCCCCAAUGGCGGCCAACAUUGACCGUUAUGUUCCUGGACAAGAUGGCGGAAAGCGCCCCCUUCCUACCAACCCGAUGCCAAACCCUCUCAGCCUUGAUUUCCAAGUGGGAUUCAAUUGGUUUGCCGAAUGGUGGAGAGCCGAGCAAAAUGUGACCGAGGAGAGGGAGCGUGUUCAAAGUGGUGGACGUCGGGUUCGAGGAGAGCGUGAGGCACGCGAGGAUCGCGAGAAGGAACGUGCGCAAAUCCAGGCGGCUUAUGAUUCAUACAAGGUUGAUCUGCAGGUCCGAUUGGCCAGGUUGUUUGUUCAACAGCACCGCAACGAAGAAUGGUUCAAAGAGCGCUAUGUUCCCGAGAUUCGUGAUGCCCUUCGUGCUCGUCUCUUCCCUCUUCGCCAGGCUGCAUAUGAGCAGUGGCAGAGGGAUAUGGAGAACGAUGUUUUCAGAGACUUCACACUUGAAGGUCUUUACAAGAAUGACAGCGAUGGUGCCGGAGGUGUGGUUGAGAAGGAAGAAGGCGAAACAACGGCUCCCACUGAAAACAUGGGUGUCCUGGAUCUGCUUCCAGUCCGUGGUGGAGAGCUUCGUGACGAAGCGCUCUCUCAGCCUGCCCUUCUUAUCAAGACACUUGCGCCGAACGUCAGCCGUACUAAGAUCGAGGAAUUCUGCAAGGAGCAUCUCGGGGAGGAGGAUGGUGGCUUCAAGGGCCUCAGCCUGAGCGAUCCAAACCCCUCCAAGAAGUUCCAUCGUAUGGGAUGGAUCAUGUUACAUCCCUCUGCCAACACCACGGUCGUGGAGCGAGGAGAUGGACGCGAGGAGGAGCGCGAGGAUAUGGAUCAGGAUGCAGGUGCCAAUGGAGCUACAGGCCCCGUUGCUGAGAGAGCUCUUGAAGCCGUAAAUGACAAGACGAUUCACGAUGCUGUUCACGGCGACUUUGUCUGCCAUGUCGGUAUCCAUGUUCCCGCGUUGCAACCACGCAAGAAAGCUCUGUGGGAUUUAUUCUCUGCACCCGAGCGAGUUGAGCGUGACCUUGAAAUGGCCAGACGGUUGGUUUCCAAGUUGGACCUUGAAAUGGGCAACGUGGACGGGCUCAGCAAGGUCGAGGAAUAUGUCGAGAAUUUGCGUGGCAAGGGCGAGCUCCAGGCUCCUGCUACUGGACCAGUCAGCGUGAAACACUCAGACCAGGAAGAGGUCGAAGAAGGCGAAGAGAAGGAACCUCCUGCCGAGGAAGAGGUUGAUGACGAGGACUUGACAGCAAAGAAAAAGACGCUGGACCUGCUUGUCGAAUACCUCCGCCGCGUCUACAACUUCUGCUUCUUCUGUGUUUUCGAGAGUGAUUCGGUUCAUGAGCUCAGCCGCAAGUGCCCUGGAGGACAUCUUCGUCGUCCACGUACUGGUCUUUCCACCCAGGCUAGGGAGGUUGCCCGAGCAAGUGCUCUUGGUCAGCCGUUCCCUGUCAAGAGAAAAGAACCUAGCGAGGAAGGAGAGGACCCCUCUUCUCCCGUUCAGGAGAAGCGAUCUCAGCGGCACGGUUCUAAGUCGGAACAACAGUUGCAACGUGCCUUCAACUGGGUAAAGACUUUUGAGGACAAGCUGUUGCAGAUCCUAGAACCCGAGAACGCUGAUCUUGCCAAACUGGGUGGCAAGCCCGUGGAAGAAGCGCUUGAAGAUGAACUCCUUAAGUAUAUGAAGCAGGAAGAUGACUCCAAGUUCCGUUGCAAGGCACCAGAGUGCACUAAGCUUUUCAAAGCCCAGGAAUUUUGGCGCAAGCAUAUUGAGAAGCGUCACACCGAAUGGUUCGAAGGUAUCAAAAACGAUCUUGCACUUGUAAACGCUUACGUCCUGGACCCAUCACGCAUUGCUCCAUCUCGAUCCGACGCCAAUAGCAACGGUCAUUUCCCCCUUCCUGGCCACAACCAGGCCGGUACUCCUCGUGGCUUCAGCCUCUCCGGCAUGCCUUACAUGUCCAACAACAGCAUGGCCAACUUCCCCGCAGGUAGCAUGCCUAUGAUGGGUGCUGGCUGGAACACCAAUGCAAUGGGCCAUGACAGCCACGGUCUGCACCAGCCAGGGGUUAUGCGCCGUGGCCAACACCGUCACAACCGUCCAGGUCCCUACGACCGUCGCCGAUUCAACGGCAACGGCAGAUUGAGCCCUCCCCGCGGCAUGUCCGGCAUGUACGGUGGUCGCCCGGCCAUAGUCCCAGCCGGCCACCCCGCCGCCAACAUGGUCCCGCCAAACCCAUUCCCAGACUCGAUGGGCUCGAACGGCGGACCCAUGCCACCCCGCGAAGCCGUCCAAGGCCGCAGCUUGAAGAGCUAUGAGGAUCUCGACGCAGUCGACGCCUCCGGCAGCGGCGAGUUGAACUACUAG